AUGGAUGAUAAGAAUCAAACAGUGGUGACCGAAUUUCUUUUUGUGGGCUUAACAGAUCACCUUCUACAGAAGAUUUUUCUCUUCUGGGUGUUUCUCUGUGUUUACCUUGUCACAUUGUGGGGGAACUUGGGGAUGAUCGCUCUGAUAUGGAUGGACUCCCGACUCCAGACCCCCAUGUACUUUUUUCUCAGCCACUUGUCCCUUGUGGAUGUCUGCUUGUCUUCUGUCGCUCCAAAGAUGCUGUAUGACACCUUUCUGGAAAGAAAAGUCAUCUCCUUCGUGGGUUGUGCUGUACAGAUGUGGUUUUUCGGUCAGUUUGUAGUGACGGGGUGCUUCCUCUUGACAUCCAUGGCGUAUGAUCGGUACCUAGCCAUCUGUAACCCUCUGUUGUACACAGCCAUCACGUCCCGGCGGGUCUGUGUGCAGCUGGUGGUGGGCCCGUAUGCCGUGGGCAUUCUAAGUGCCAUUACCCACGAGACCUUCACUUUUCGCUUACCCUUCUGUGGUCCGAAUGUGGUCGACCACUUUUUCUGUGACAUUCUCCCUCUUCUUUCCCUGGCGUGUGCUGAUACUUAUAACAAUAAGUUGGUUCUUUUCAUCAUGGCUGGACUAAUAGGAGUACUCAGUGCACUGGUCAUCCUGAUCUCCUAUACUCACAUCCUCAAAACCAUACUGAAUAUCCACUCCACCAAGGGGAGGAGAAAAGCUUUCUCUACUUGCUCUUCACACUUGUCUGCUGUGGCCAUCUUGUACGGUACCCUUUUCUUUAUUUACAUACAGCCCAAUUCAAGUUCAUCUCAGGACAUUAAUAAAGCAGUUUCUGCAUUCUAUACCACACUGAUUCCUAUGCUGAACCCUCUUAUUUACAGCCUGAGGAAUGCAGAUGUAAAAGAUGCUUUUAGGAAGAAUUUUCUGCUAAGAAGGUAGUUUGGAGGCGGCUUUUGCCAUUGUACAGGUGGUGCAGCUAAAGUGUGUAUUAAGUGUGUAUUAAGAAGAGA